AUGGCUAAGUCCGGAGCUUCCUCAAAGAUCGAGACUGGAAAUUCCAGUGAAGUUUGGACAGAAGCUGACGAAGCAGCCAUGCAGGCUUUGUUAGCACGCCGCAACCGGGAAUCAUCAGAGCCUGAGAAGCAGAAGAAGGAAUUUUUCCUCCCAAAGGGAGUGGAAUCAGUUGAGAAGUGGGGGCGUGUCCUCAUUACGAUGGACGCAUGGAAAAAGGAGAAGCUCACUUUUGCAAAAGCCCUUUCUAUGUCAGAGCACAACGAAAAGAUGAGGAGAUAUUUGAACUUCAUUCUUGCCAAGUUCGGCGAGCAGGCAUGUGAGGAACCACCAACACAGGCUGUGGAUCUCGCUAUGUACUUGCAAGCCAUGAACUAUCAGCACAAGAAGGGGUAUGAGCGAACUUUUGCUUCUUGA